AUGCGCCAUGCCAUGGCCCUGUACCCACACACCCCUUACAUCUUCUACCUCACCAGCACAGCUUUGAUUAUGAACCCUUCCUUGUCCAUCGAAGACCACAUCAUGGAGCCUCGCCGCCUCGAAUCCCUCAUGCUUGUCGACAAGCCAGUCGUCCCCCCGGAUUCCGUCAUCAAGACUUUCUCGCACCUCAAAGGCGAUCGCAUCGACUUCGUGUUGUCGCAAGACAAUGAGGGAUUGGCAGGUGGCAGCAUGGUCAUCAGAUCUGGGGAGUGGGCCAAGUUCUUCCUCGACUCUUGGUUUGAUCCUCUAUACCGCAGCUACAACUUCCAANAAGCUGAAGCUCAUGCCCUUGAGCACAUUGUCCAGUACGUAUCUCUUGCUUUAGUUGCGAGCCAUGAUCGAAGCAAGCUAACAAAGCUCUCAUAG